AUGGCUCGAUACCCUUCACUGCCCACUCAACAAAGCCGGCCGGUGCAUGCCACCCCAGCUCCUUUCGUGAACCACGCCUCGCCUGCCGACGCCAACUAUGAUACCGCCAACCCUGCAUACAUCCGCAAGUACCUGCGCACAUACGGCCUCACUCCUCCUCGCGCCGAGGGUUACGAAACACAAAAGACCCGAUGCCUGGCUCAGCUGGGUCUCAAGAAUACACCCAUUGACAAGUUCCUAUACCUCAGCACUCUGCGCAAGAACAAUGUGCACCUAUUCUACCGUCUGGUGACAGACCACCUCAGGGAAAUGACUCCCCUGAUCUAUACCCCAGUGGUGGGCGAGGCCUGCCAACGGUGGUCCGAGAUCUACCAACAGCCCGAAGGUAUGUACCUGAGCUGGGAGGAUCGCGGAAAUCUGGCUUCGGUCAUCUCCAAUUGGCCUGAGUCUAGCGUCGAAAUCACAUGUAUCACCGAUGGCUCCCGCAUCCUCGGACUGGGUGACCUGGGCAUCAACGGUAUGGGUAUCCCCAUCGGAAAGUUGGCCCUUUACACCGCCUGUGCUGGUAUUCGUCCCGAGGCCACCCUGCCUCUGACUCUUGAUCUGGGUACUGGUAACAAGGCCCUCCGGGAAGACCCGCUCUACAUGGGGAGCCGUCGCGAGAAGGUCUCACCCGAAGAGGAGCGGGAGUUCUUGGAUGAACUGAUGGCUGCUCUUACCGAGCGCUGGCCUGGUAUCGUCAUCCAAUUCGAGGAUUUCAAGAACCCCUUCCCCGCUCUGGAGCGGUACCGCGACAUGUACACUUGCUUCAACGAUGACAUCCAGGGUACUGGCGCUGUCAUCCUUGGCGGUGUCAUCAACGCUGUCAAGCGCUCCGGUCUGCCCUGCAAGGACCACCGCGCGGUGUUCUUCGGCGCGGGCAGCGCCGGUGUCGGAGUUGCCCGCCAGAUCGUCGAAUUCUUCAUGCGCGAAGGCAUGACCGAGGAUGAAGCCCGUAACUGCUUCUACCUCGUCGACACCAAGGGUCUCGUCACCGCUGACCGCGGCGACAACCUCGCCGACCACAAGGUCUACUUCGCCCGCCGUGACAACAACGGCGAGCAGUACAAGACUCUCGAUGAGGUCGUCGAUUACGUCAAGCCCUCCAUCCUGAUGGGUCUCUCCACCAUGGGCGGCGUCUUCACCCCGGAGAUCCUGCGCAAGAUGGCUGACUGGAACACCGCCCCUCUCAUCUUCCCCCUCUCCAACCCCUCCUCCAAGUCCGAGUGUGACUUCGAGACCGCCGUCACCAACACCGACGGUCGCUGUCUCUUCGCCUCCGGCUCCCCCUUCCCCAACUGCACCUUCACCAACUCCGCCGGCGAGACCCGCACCUACUACCCCGGCCAGGGAAACAACAUGUACGUCUUCCCUGGUAUCGGUCUCGGUAGCAUCCUGUCCAAGGCCGUCCGUGUCACAGACAGCAUGAUCUACGCCUCCGGCGCGGCCCUUUCCGCUGCCCUCACCGGCGAGGAGAUCCAGCGUGGUCUACUUUACCCCGACAUCACCCGCAUCCGCGAGGUCAGUGUCGUCGUCACCCGCAAGGUGAUGCGCGCUGCCCAGGAGGACAAGGUGGACCGCGAGAUUGCGCUGCGUUCUAUGAGCGACGCCGAGUUGGACAACUGGAUCAAGUCCCGCAUGUAUGACCCUCACACCGAGGUCCGCGCUCUCGAGCGCGAGGUCGGCCACCUUCUCUCCAGUCUGGGAACAAUCUCGCCCCCAAUGACGGCGAGUGGAUCCCCCACUGAGGAGAAGAAUGCCAAGUUGUAA